AUGUUAACAAAAUUCCGUGCGAAACUCAGUCGCAGCAAGCUGAAAGACGCGGACACGGUUGUGCAGCGCCCCCACCAUGUCAGCCGUGCGGAUGGGAGCGACAAGACACACAAUAGCGAGGUAAACACGGCCCACGACGUCCUCACCGUGAGCAACAACGAGACACCCGUAGCGAUACCCGAUAAUUAUGACCCGUCUGUGUCACCCGAGGCCAAGAGAGACAGUGAACAGGACCGGCUGUGGGAUAUGGCAUUUUCCAGCCUGGAUGACGAUACCAAGGCCCUGCUGGAUCCGGGGGAUACUAUAAACCCGGAAGACGCGAUCGAGCGAGUAAAGAAAGACAUCGAGGAGAAGUACGAGGAGUAUAAGAAAGGGGGAUUGCAGAUUCGGAAGCGCAACGGAUCCUCGUUCAAUUUCCGAGAUGCCACUAGUCGCAUCUUGAGCGCUGUACUUAAGGCCAAGCCGAUCUUUUCGUCGGUCGCAUCUUUGGAUCCAACAGGUCAUGCUUCCUCCGCGUGGACGAUUAUAUCGCUGGGAUUGACGAUGGUUGAAAAUGAUAUCGACCGCCGAGACGCUAUUUUCGAAGCAUGCGAGUUCCUCGCCGACAAACUCGCCUAUUACUCGAUUAUUGACGAUUAUUGCUGGAGACACCGGGGUCAAACUCACGAGAGAAUCCGACAGUCUCUGAUCGGUAUUUACACCGCAAUCUUCUGUUAUACUGCCGAGGUGAAGAAGAGGAGCAAUGAGAAUUACGGAGAUCAGAUGGAAGCCGGCGAAGCGAUCCUCCAACGCAUCGACGAAACCGUCAGUCGACUCAAGGCAAUUCAAGAUAAAACAUUGAGUGCGGAGGAGGAAAGGAUUCUUGACUGGCUCUCCAGGGCAUCCUUUUCUGAUAUUCAAAACGGCCACCAAGAACGUCGGGCCGCAAACACGGGCGACUGGUUUCUCGACACAGCUCCGUACCAGGAUUGGAUAGAGAACCCCGGAAUUCUAUAUUGGUUGCAUGGCGUGGCUGGCUGCGGAAAAUCAAUUAUUUGCUCCACGAUUAUCAAGGACAUUAAGAAACACUGUCAAAAGCCCUCUAGCACGCCCCGCCACCUUGCCUACUGUCCCUGCUUCGCCAGCUCAGCUCAGCACCCCUCCCCCCCUUCAAUUACCAAGCUUUGGGAGUCGCACAGUCGACCCGGUACCAAGCCAGACCAACAGACCCUCUGUGAAGCUCUGGAUGAGGCCCUUCGGGACCUGGAGGGCCAGGUAUUCCUAGUCCUUGAUGCGCUGGAUGAGUGUCCUAAUGCCCCCGGCCGGUAUCAAAGAAACUUCGCAUUAGACUUUCUACUCAAGCUGCAAGCCUCUCACCCGACAAAGCUCCACAUCCUGGCAACCAGUCGGCCCGAGCCUGAUAUCCGGUCCCGGUUUGAGGGCUGUAGGACAUUAGACCUGGAGAUGAAAUUGGGUGGCGACGUUGAAACGUUUGUUCGUGCGCAAGUGGCCGGGGGUCCAAUCAAAGAAUUUGAUUCGUCCAUUCAGAACAAAGUUAUUGAAAAGUUAUUGGAUACGCCAGAACGACGCUUCCGUUGGGCCGAUUUACAGAUCAAGCGGCUCGAGGAGUGCUUUGACGAAGAUGAAAUCAAUCACGCACUGGAAACGAUUCCUGAUUCCCUCGAGGCAACAUACAGAGACAUCCUCAACAGGAUGGCAGAGAAAAAUCGAGUUCGAGCGUGCAAAAUCCUAAUGUGGAUAAGCAUGUCUAUUGUACCUGUUACGUUAGAUACAGUCGCUGCAGCAGUGCACCUGCCAUCUCCAAACCAUAUUAUCAACAUCUGCACGACGUCUCUUGUCACCGUGAACACCGCAGAUGACACGGUCAAGCUCGCUCACUUUUCCGUCCAGGAAUUCUUGGUUCUGGAGGACGCCCAGCAGCCAGGUAGCCACGAAUGGUAUCAGUUUUCUAUACCAGCGGCCCAUUACAAUUUGGCAGUCACGGCGUUACAGUGCCUUCUUGACAGAAAUGAGCCUAUUCCAAUGAAACAUGCUCUCAAAGAGUCUUUCCUGGUCUAUGCUGCCCGCUAUUGGGAUGAGCAUGUGGCAAAGGUGGGGGAUCUUUCGAAUCACCCAGUCUUACUUCGCCAGAUCGAAGGUCUUCUCAGUGAAGAGUUCUCGCAGAGCUACCUCAACUGGCUCAAUGUAUUGGCACCAAAAUACGAUAAUGAUAUAUUGAAGUUGCGUCUGGACGAAGGCCAGAUGACUUUAGAAGAGUGCCAUCCGCCUAUAUAUCAUGCUGCAGGUCUGGGACUGGAGGAUGUGGUGGUGAAGCUUCUUGGCCAAGGCGUUGAUCCCUUGGUUAGCUCGAGUGCAUGGAACUUCAAACCCGGCCGUUCGCUCAUCGUCGCUGCUCGUAACGGUCACCUUAAUAUUCUCGAGAAGAUGCUCGAAAGGUGCGGACAUGUCCCGCAGGAGGUGGCUGAAGAGAUAAUACAGAAUGUCGACCAUCGGGAGGCCGGAAGCGAGUGGCUGGAGCGCAUCAUGCAAGCAUUGUGGAUAUGCGGUGCCUUCUUCGAGCAAUCGCAAGAUCGCACGAAGGUGAUAAGUCACAGGUUGGUACUUGCUGCGAUUAUGAAUGAACAUGCAGGUUUAGAGUCGAUGCGCUUCUUUCUUGAUCGGCAGCAGGAAUCGUUGGUGACGAUUGCCACCGACACCAAAAUAUUCUGGGAAACCGUGCGGAUCCACACAGCCAAUGCGGCUCGAAUAUUAGAGCUGCUGUUUGAAAGACAAUUGACAGAUAUUUGGUUCAACAGUCUGGAUUUCUUAGGAUACUUGGCAGGCAACCCGCAUACGUAUGCCUUGUUCAAACAAAUCAUUCAACACGAGAAAAUGAGGCUAAAGCUUGGUGACGCUAUAGCCCACGCUGUGGCGAGAUACGGGACAUCUCAAGCAAUGGGAACAGUCAUUCAGAUUCUGGAACCCAAUUUCGAAGUCACCGAGAAAAUACUGCUGCUUGCUGUUGAGAAUCGUGGAAGCGGACCCGAGGUACUCCGUCAGCUUCUGGGAAUUGGAGGCUCCAGACAAUUCAGCCACAAACUGCUUUUUACCGCAGCAAACAACUAUCACAACUGUCUCGAGCUUCUCAAUAUUUUACUUGACGAAGUUGGUCCCCACUUUCCAAUCGGUGAAGAAGUCAUGAUUGCGAUAGUACCUAAUCAAGACGCCGUGGAGAUAAUUACCAAUUUCUUGACAAGGCAGCAGGCUGGAUUUGUAGUCUCUGAGAGAGUAAUAACUAGUGCGAUCAGCAAUUGGAACUUCGCAGUUGAUAUCCUUCAGCUGCUUAUGAAAAAUGGAGGAUCGGAUAUUCAAGUGACCGAUGAAAUGAUAUGCGCGGCAGCAGCCAAAAAAUUUCAGGGAGAUUCGGUACUGAAAUACUUAUCCGACGUUAACGGGCCCUACUCACACAUACCGAACGAAGCAUUUUUGAAGGCCGUGGAAAGCCCGCGAAGUCUGGAGAUCCUCUUCGCCCUGCAGCCUGGAACCCGUGUUUCUGACGAAAUGUUUAUCGCGGCCUGCCAAGAUCGCGAGGCCAUGUCACUUCUUUUGGGCCAGCAGUAUGAGUCUCUUCCCAUCGAGAAAAUGUUGGAAGAGAUAGGUCGUUAUGGAUACCUUACGGCGGGCGCCUUUGAUGUACUCUUGAGUCGACAAGUCAUUGAGAUGAAUGAAUGGGUGCUGGAAAGGGUCGCUUGCAACAGGGUAGUAAUGGGGGAUGUCCUGGCCAAGCACCCAAAUGUGGCCAUCACACAAAAGGCCUUCGAAAAUGCAGCGAAGUCAGGAUCUCCAGAGCUUGUGCGGGCAAUUCUUGAAACCAGGUUCGACGGUCUCACUGUCACGGAACAGGUCAUGGAGGCCCCUUUUGAUACCAGUGCAGUCGCGGGUCUCAAUGAAUUUACGACAAGUAUGCUAAAAGUGUUCAUUGUUCGUCUCGGGUCAGAGGUUCCCAUUACAAAGAACCUUCUCCAAAUUGCCUGUGAAUAUGAGGACAUGAGACCCUUGAAAUUGCUGCUAGACCAGCGACGCAAGAUAGACCUUCAGUCAGUUUGGGAAAGGAUAUGGCAGGCUGAAAAGUCUAAACGAUGGAAGCUUAGAGUGACAGAUAUUCUGUUGCAAUAUGAGACACUUGUUGUUUCUGAAGCCAUGUUGGAAGCAAUUCCUUUCGAUUGGAAGGAGACGGACAAAGACCGAUCUGAGCCAAGUGAUACAGAUGGAGACGAUUCUGAUUUUGAGACACUGAUUCAGUUCAGUCUCAAGAAGAGCAUAGCUAUUGUCGAGACCGAAAGAGUCGUGGAACUUGUCGUGCAACGAUGCUCCGAGGAGACCGUCAAGGAGUUUCUUGAUUCCAAGCCGAAUCUGAAAAUAACUGAGAAGACCCUCCGAGCCGCAGAGAAAAAUUCAGUUGCGAUGAAGGAACGUUUGGCCGCAUUGUCUGUUGUCGAAAAGAUCAAAUGA